GAUAUAAUAUUUUGGUGAAGCAGAUUCUAGAAUUUGUUUUGUGUUUAGAUCUAGAAUAGAUCUAGAAUCUACUUAGAAUUCAAAAUGUCAGGAACUCCUAGAAGAGCAACAAUAACAACAUUGAACAACUCAACGUUUAGUGGGAUUUUGCAUGAUAUUGAUUACAAGACAGGAAAAAUUAUUUUACGAAAUGUGUCCACUGAUGGUGUAACACUGCUCGGCCCACAACAUUUCUACAGCUCUAACAUAAUAUCUCUUCAGUUUGAAGGUGACACUAGUGAUUUUUCAGAACUUGAACGAUUUCAAGACAGGUCAGAGUCUUUUGCAUUUGAAAAGGCUUCGCAGGAUCACUUGUCAAAAUUAAAGGAUUUUGAUACUGAUGAAUUAGCAUUGUCAAGUAUAUUUAAGAAACAAGAUGAAGAUCAAGCAGAAUCAGGUAACGAUGAAGAAUUUGAUGAUUUUUAUGAGACUGAUGAGUUCCUCCUACUGCACAAAAUGUGUCCUAGGUUUUAUGAUGCAAUUGCUGCCAUUAUGGAACAAGAAGUUGUUGGAGUAAAUUUUGAAGGUGUUGACAUAGGAAGAAAUGGAACAUUAUCUCUCAUUCAGGUUGCUACUCAAGCAAAUAUAUUUAUAUUUGAUAUUAUAAGGAUGGGAAAUGAAGCAUUUGAUGAAGGUCUUUGUGCACUGUUUGAAUCAAAAAACAUUUUGAAGGUCAUCCAUGAUUGCAGAUGGAUAUCAGAUAUGCUGUAUCAUCAGUAUGCUGUUGCUUUGGUCAAUGUUUUUGAUACUCAAGUAGCCAAUGCAUUUGUUUAUAGAAUGUGUAAUGGUGGUGAUUGGCCAAGAUACGUUGAGAGUUUGCCUGGGUGUCUAGUCAGUCAUCUGAAUUUACCAGAUGACCAGGUGCAUUUUAUGAGAAUCAGAGAGAGAGCACGAGAAAAAGAUCAAGCUGUAGUGAUGAAGCGCCCAUUACCAGAAAAACUGUUGUCUGCCAUCUGCAAGAAUGUUGGAUAUUUAAUAAAGCUGCAGAUGGUUCUUCUUCGAAAAAUGAUGAUAGAGUUCAAAACAGGAGUCAACCUAUACAUGAAUCAUGUUGAUAAUAUGGGUGGAGAAAUUGAGAAAUGCAGAGCCAACAUGCACCUACUUCCCUACGGCUUCAUCGACCUUAAAAAAUAUGUGAAAUGUAAUGUAGAAAAUAACAGGAGAGAACCAGUAUAUGAUAGCAAAGGUUUUCGUGAGAAUUGCUUGGAUAUCAAGGACAAAGAGAUUAGCUUUACCCAUGACUCUAUAUGGCACAGGUCUAAGCAUUCUGCAUCAAAAAUGGAUAGAGGCAGAGGUAGAGAAGAUGAAGCUCGUUAUCCUAAAAAACUUUAUCGAGGCACAGAGAACACUGAAUUAAAUUGCUCUGAUGGUCUAUGUCGGAAUAAUAUUUUCAACAGCGAAAUGGAUGAAACCUCUUCAAAAAUCUUGCACCCCAGUAGAGAAGAAAUUUUAGAUAUUACCAAGAAAAAAUCUUUAAAAACACAGUUAGAAUCAAGUUCAGUUAGCCAGUUAGCAAGUGUUCCCACAUCUGAACCUAAUUUGCCAGAAUCUGCAAAGCUGCCAUCUCCAGAGAAAGUUAGUGCAAAUAUCCGUCAGUCGAAAUUAUGGAAGGUUCAUUUAAACAGUACAGAGACUAAAGACACACGUCAUCUAUUUUUGCGUCCACUUAAUUACUCAGCUGCUAAGAAAUUUGAACCUGCCAAAACUUGUGAAGAUUUCCGAGCUCCUAUGGAGAAACACAUGACUUCAGAAAAAAAAGAAACUUGUGAUAAAGAUGAAAUAAUAUUAACAAAUGACGGGCACUCUGAGGAAAUAGCAGAACAAUUUUCAAUAUCAGCUGAAUCACAAGAAUCUACGCCAUUUCAUUCACCCAUGAGGGCAGAGGCUGUACGACAUUCACCCAUGGCGGUUGAAGCUGUUGAACAAAAAUCUUCUCUUACUAAUCUAAUACCUGCUGGAUUUAACCCUCCAGGGCUGAGCAAGAAAAAGCUACUUAAGUUACACACAAAUAAAGAAAGUGUAAGUUCAAAGCCUACACAGAUAACAGCCGACUACGAGGAAGAACUUUCUUACAUACCCCAGCAGCAUUCAUUAAUUCGCAAUAAAGUAUUACCACUUAAUUCUACAACAGUAGAGUUAGACCUACUUUCUGAGGAGCCUUGUCCACCACAGGAUGAUGAAUUCAUUAAAUCUUUGCUUACUUAUCAAGAUGAAGAUGCUAUUGGCGAUGAUGAUCUGGAGCGCUUUCAUAAAACAAAAACGUUUACAAAAAUUAUUCAGUUGGCAUCUUCCAAUUCAUCCACUAGCAGUAUAAAAAAGAAGCUUCUGCCAUCUAAAAUUACAUUAAUGAAUAACUCUAAAAAAUGAAAUGUAUCUUGAAUUAAUAGCGGAGCCACUACAAAAUAACCAAAUUUUAUGCUAGGUAUUAAAAAGGUUUGUCAGUCUAGGUCUAGAAAAUUUUUAACUACGUUUUAAAAUUUUGAAGUAAAAAAAUUCUUAUUUACAUACAUUAAACUGGAAACAUGGUUUAACUUUUUGGUUAUAAAUAUUUUUCAAUGAUUUUAUUUGAUGAUGUAAUCAGCUUCUAUUCUGUCAUGAUUAAUUUUUCACUAGUGCUCAUUAUUUGCUUGAACAUAAAUGUAUUUUAAACAUGUGGUUGUGAUCCUCAUUGUUGCCAACUCAACUAGCAACUUGGUAGAAAGUUACUGGUUAUAGUAAAAUUAUCAUAAUGCUAAACUGAGUAAAUUAUAGGUCUUCUUAAAUAUUGUUUACCAAACUUACUUUGAGAUCCAAUUGUUUUAUAACUUGCACAGAUGACUCAUUAUACUUCUUAUUGGUUGUACUGAAAAGAGCUUUACUUUCACACAAGUUUUAAAAAGCCUAUCUAAAAUGUUAUUACUGUAAUAAAUUAAAUCUUUAAGACCUGCUGAUUUGCAUUACUUUUUCAAGUGAUUGCCAAAUACCAUCAUCAUAAGCAUCUAAAUUGAUACAUUUUACACGUUCUUUCAACCAUUUAAUGUUAUUCAUGAAUUAUUGUAGUUAAUGAAUAUUUUAAUUUGCUUUAGAUGUAGUUCUUGAGGCCUUUUGAAAAAUGUAUUUGUCAGAAUAUUAUUUGAAACUGUUUUACAUUUUUUGAAUUAAUGGAAAAAAGGGCAGAUGUUUUAUUCUUGCUCUGAUUUUAUUUAGUCAGCCCUGUGAUAUUUAUUUUAAAAAAAAAACAUCAUUGUACAAACUGCAUUGUCAUUGAAAAAUGUUAUUUUUUUACUCCUAUUAAUACUGUCAUAAUUAUAGAAAUACAAUAGCUUAUUACAACAAUAAAAUGUUUCAAUUACAGCUCCCCAGUUUUGUGAUCCAUUUUAAAUCUGAGAAUAUGGCAUAAUAUCAGCAACAUGGAGUCAUGGUUUUAUUUUUUUUGACAAAUUGUACCAUUCAGAUAGAAUUAAAUCACAGAAUGGACGAUCUGUGACUGACACCUCAGAAUACAUGCAUGUUGACACAGGUGGUAUUUACACAGUUCUUUUUCUCUGUAUUUUCAGUAUUCUUAAAUAAAUUUCCAAGUAAGAAAUAUGUUUGUUUUAAACUCAAUCCUGCCUUGUGAGCUGCUGAUCUGCAUACAACGCACUGAUCGAGAAAUGCUGAAUAGCGUAUAGAUUUUAUUUUGCCCAGAAGCUGGGUUAUUUGGAAAUCAUGUAUGUUAACCUUCUUUUGUCAGAUAAAGAUUUAAACUUAGUUUUACUGCUGAACUAGUCCUGCUGAGCUUUAAAAUCUUUUUAUUAUCAAAAACUUCAAUCAUUCAACUAGUCUGUAAAAACUAUAUAAUAGGGUCCUUAAAUAGAUCAUGUGACUUCUUGAAUGAUCUUUUAAUGCAUCUACAUGUGAAAAAUUAUCAAAACUCAAGUCGUUGGGCAUUUAUAUGUAAAGUUAUGCUUUCUUUGUUUGCUUUCUUUUGGGAGAUUAGCUGCAUGCAGUAUGAAAAUCUUCAAAUAAAUACUUUUCAAUCCUUUUUAUUUUUAAUGUUUCUUUUAUUUGUUUAGAGUUAAUUGCCUUUAAAAUUUGAGAAUGUAUAUUUAAAUGAACAGGAUCAUACAUGUUUGACUAUAAGGUUCUGAAUAAAGCAUACUAUUCUCAUUC